ACUCUUCUUUCACUCGUGGUAAACAUGUCAAAUGCCAUGUGCAGUUUUUGAGUGCAGUGGAAUUCCAGAUUUUUUCCUGUGUAAAUUGUCGUAAAAAAUCGCGAAUCUAUCUGCAAACCAUGGCUAUCGAUACCAUCCACAAGGCCGGUGCGUUGAAGCAAACCAACAAAGCGCACAAACAUGGGAAACACGCAUCGAAGCGAGCGCUCGAUCGGGUCGCCAAAGGAAAAACUAAUGUGAAAACUGCGACGAAGGCAGGAAAACGGGAACUCGGGCGGGAAGAUCGGCGACGGCAGGCAAACCAGAUUCGCAAAAAUAAGCGCCAUGAAGCGAUCGCUUUGAAGAGGGCGAUUGGAGGCGCUACGACGGCACCGUUUUUGACGUGCAUCCUACCACUGAAUGCUAAUGUGGACCCAAACUCGGCACUGGCCAUUAUUGAAGGCUGCGAUGAAGAGGCUACCGUGUUUAAAGUGUCCAAUCGGAUUCGGUACAUGAACGUACCUCGAUUCCGUCAGCGGUUCUCCUUCAUGACCCCGGAAGUUGGCCACGGUCAUGAACUUUCCGUUUUAGAUACACUGAAAGUAUGCGACUCAACUAUUCUGCUGCUUUCUGCAACCGAGGCCGAAGACGAUGUCAUCGACAAACAUGGCGCCAAAAUCUUGAAUAUGGCACUUAGUCAGGGCCUUCCCACACCGAUGGUCUUUGUGAUGGAUUUGGAAUCUAUUGCCCCCAAAAAACGAGGACAGGUUAAAAGUAACAUUCAAAAGGAAAUUUCCGCUGUUCUUCCGGAUGAAAAGGUCAUGACUCUGGAUUCCAACACCGAUGGAUUGAAUCUGUUGCGUAGAGUCGGUGGUCAGAAAAGGAAAGUCCUGUACAAUAAAGCCAAUCGACCGCAUUUAUUCGGAGAGAAGGUUGAGUACGUAGCUGCGAUGGGUGAGGGCAAUGUUGGAACGUUGAAGGUUACUGGAUUCCUGCGUGGAGUCCCGUUGUCGGUCAACCAGCUGGUACAUAUUCCUGGAUUGGGAGAUUUUCAAAUGACGGAGAUCUAUGCUCCGGAAGAUCCAUACAAGUUACGAAAAGGUGACGAGGAAAUGUCGUCGGGAGAGUGUAAGUUGUUGGCUAAAGCUGACGAACAGAAACAAACCAGUCUUCAGCGAGAAAAUAUUCCGGAUGAGAUGGAUGCUGAACAGACCUGGCCAACGGAGGAAGAAAUCUUAGCAUCUAAAAAUGAAAACAAGAAAAAGCUGAUAAAGAGAAUACCCAAGGGUAUGAGCGAGUAUCAAGCUGCGUGGAUUCCGGAUAUUGAGGAAGUUUCCGAGAAUGAUGAUGACGAUGAUGAGGAUGAGGAUGACGAAGAUGACGAAGGAGAUUACAUGUCAUGCGAAUCGGACAGUGAAAGUAAGAUUGGGGAAAAAGAGGAAGCGGAAGAAGAUGAUGAAGAGUAUGAGGAGAUCAGCAUUUCCGAUGGUCCAGUGUCAGCUGACAAGUACGACAAACAAAUGGACAUGGAAGAAGAUAAACGCACGCUGGUAAAGAUUCAAGCCGCCAAGGACGACGAGAUAUUCCCGGAUGAAAUUGACACACCGGCAAACAUCCCUGCAAGAGAACGGUUCCGAAAGUACCGUGGUUUGGAAUCCUUCCGGACAUCGCCUUGGGAUGUGAAGGAAAAUCUUCCGUUGGAUUAUGCCAAAAUUUACCAGUUCAAGAACUUUGAUCGCACUAAGCGACGAGUCAUCAAAGAUGCUCAGGAAGUGGAUGAUGGAGUCAUGCCAGGCUGGUACAUUCAGAUCCAUGUGAAAAACGUUGCUCAGGAUUCUUGGAAUGCUUAUAUGUCAGCUGGAAACGGUAAUCAGGUUGUGCUGUACGGUUUGCUUCCACACGAACAUCAAAUGUCCGUGAUGAACGUCUGUUUGAAGCGAACCCCCAAUUCAACCAUCCCGAUAAAAUCGAAGGAGCGUCUUAUCAUCCAGUGUGGCUUCCGACGGUUCAUAGUUAAUCCAAUCUUCAGUCAGCACACCAACGGCGACAAGCAUAAAUACGAGAGAUUCUUCCGACCCAGAAUGACCGUGGUGGCAACGUUUUUCGCUCCAAUACAAUUUCCUCCAGCUCCAGUGGUUUGCUUCCGGGAAAAUCCAGACACUUCACUCGGAAUGGUUGCUUCGGGAACUGUGAUCAAUUGCAAUCCAGAUAGGGUGGUGCUGAAGCGGGCAGUUAUCAGCGGACAUCCGUUCAAGAUUCACCGCAAGUCGGCUGUGAUUCGGUACAUGUUCUUCAAUCCGGAAGAUAUCGAAUACUUCAAGCCAUGCAAAUUGCGAACCAAACUGGGUCGGUUGGGACACAUCAAGGAAUCGUUGGGAACUCACGGUCACAUGAAGUGCACAUUUGAUACACAGCUGAAAUCACACGACUCGGUCCUUUUGUAUCUGUUCAAACGAGUGUAUCCAAAGUGGACUUACGAGGACUGUAUUGUCUCGUGUGCUGCAAGCUCCGGUACCAAUGCGGGAUCGAUUACAAGCCUAAAAGAGGAUGAGGAAAUGCAAGAGUAACGUAGAUUUUCGAAGGUUAGUUUCUCUUUAGAUGCAGGAUAUUGAAUAUACUAUAACAAGUGUUAAAAUCAAAA